CUGAAGGCAGGUGUUGAGUCUUUGUCUGCUGGCUGUUUGGUUCUGACUGUACCGUGCAGAACCUGCUGCCUGUUCUGAGCAGAACUUCCUCUGCUGGUCCGGCAGGCCGCGGCUCUCAGCAGGAAACCGGCACAUGGGGUGACUGGCUGGAGAGAAACAGUCUUCUUCUGCUCCUCAGACUCCAGGAUCGGAUCCGUCAUGGCGGCAGCCAGAGCGGCGCCGGAGGAUCCGGCUGCACCUUUGGAGGAUCCGACUGCAGCUCUGGAGGACUAUUCUCUCUACAACAACCUGAGUGACGACGAGCUGCUGCAGCUGGCCAUCGAGCGCAGUCUGACUGACGCACACGCCACCGCCGCCGCCGGCAACGCUGGAGGCAGCGCCGGGAUCGCUGCCACCGUCGGCAACACUGGAAGCUACACCACCACCAGCAGCACUGGAGGCAGCGCCGGGAUUGCCGCUGCCGCUGGUAACACCAGAGGUCACAGCCUUCAGCAUCCCGGCAGCUGUGGACCACAUGCUUCAUCUGGAAGGUCGAACCUGGGAAGACGCAGCUCUGCUCCAGCAGCUCCUCCACAGAGUGCCGCGCACUACAGCUCUCCAAACCCCCCCACCGAGAAGCCCCCCGACCCGAAGACCUUUGCUGGGACAGUGAGUCGCUUCGUGACGGGUUCCGGGAAGAGGAUGGUGGCGUAUCGCAGACCUGACGGAGGUCUGGUCCACAUCGGGCCGGAACCCGAAGAGGAGGAGGAGCCUCUGUUCGAGGCCAUUCGCGCCGGUGAUGUGAACCGGGUUCGAGGCCUGGUUAUGAUGCCGGGAGUGAACCUGAUGCUGCCCAGCAAGCCGGGCUGGCUGGCUGUCCACCAGGCCGCCUUCUACAACCGGGACGCCUGUCUCCAGGUGCUGCUGUCAGCUCAGCCCGGCAUGGUGAACAAGCGCACGGCUCAGGGAGAGACGGCGCUCAUGGUGGCGGUCAGCCGGCAGCAGCUGCAGUGCGUCGCCAUGCUGCUGGAAAAUGGCGCCGACCCCGACAUCCCCAACCACGAGAAGGAGACGCCGCUCUACCGAGCCUGCGAGAGGAACAGCGCCGCCAUGGUGGCGGCCCUGCUAAACCGCGGCGCCGCCGUCAACACCCGCUGCAUCCAUGGCUGCACCGCCCUCCAGGAGGCCGCCGUCCAGAACAACAUCGAGAUCUGCGAGAUGCUGCUGAAGGCUGGCGCCAAGCACUCCGUCACCAACGUCUUCGGCAUCUCGCCGCUGUUCUCCGCUGCGCAGAUCGGACGCAUCGCCUCGCUGCGCUUCCUGCUGCGGCACGGUGCAGACAUUAACACUCAGGCGGCCGACGGGGCGACCGCUCUGUACGAAGCCGCUAAGAAUGAACACGAGGACGUGGUGCAGCUGCUGGUUUCCCAGAACGCCGACGCCAACAAGCCGGGGAAGAGGGGCCUGCUGCCGCUGCACAUCGCCGCGCAGCGGGGGAACGGCAACAUCGUCUCCGCCCUGAUCCCCGUCACCAGCAAGGCCAGGGUCCGGCGGGCCGGCAUCAGCCCGCUGCACCUGGCGGCGGAGCGCAACCGCGACGACGUGCUGGACGCCCUGAUCGAGGCCGGCUUCGACGUCAACGCCCGGCUGUCCGACGAGCGGUCCAAGCUGUACGAGGACCGGCGCAGCACCGCCCUCUACUUCGCUGUCAUCAACAACAACGUGGAGGCGGUGCGGGCGCUGCUGGCCGCCGGCGCCGACCCCAACCUGGACAUGUUCAGGCCCCUGAUGGUGGCGGCGCGGCUGGGCUGCCUGCAGACCGUCACGCUGCUGGUGGAGCACGGCGCCGACAUCAACGCCUCCAUCCCCACCCACCCCACCACCUUCCCCGCCGUCUACAUGUUCUCCAUGAAGUACCUGCCCAUGUUCAAGUACCUGCUGGACCACGGCGGCCACGCCCUGCCCUGCUUCGACUGCGCCUACGGCGUCCGGCCGCACCCGCCCCUCAAAACCUCCCGGUCGGACCGGGACGACCCGCGAGGCGGCACCCGGGUGCCGGAGCCGCAGCAGAGGAGGGGCGUGCAGUUCUGCGAGAUGAUCUCUGUGCCCAGCAUCUCCCGGUGGGCGGGGCCUAUCAUCGACGUCUUAUUGGACUACGUGGGUCACGUGACUCUGUGCGCCAGACUGACGGAACAUCUGGACAGUUUCCCCGACUGGAGCGUCAUCAAGGACAAAGCAGCGCCCCCCCGGCCGCUGCUGCAGCUCUGCAGGCUGCAGGUGGUGCAGCUGGUUGGACGCCGCCGGCUGUCCCGGCUGCCGCUGCCCGGAGGGCUGAUCCGGUUCCUGCAGCACCAGGAGAUGCUUGUGGACGACUGCUGA